AUGCAGGAGAAAAACGAUUCGCUGUCUCCGUGCGGUCCUUGUCCGAGGAUAUUUUGUGCGCGUGGUACAUUGACAGGGAAGGGCUGCGAAGUAUAUUCGCCUAGCCUCUGCUGUAAUUCUUACUCACGCGCUGGCAACUGUGAGUUAGUAUUUGCAAGAUUCGUAACUGCAGUGCAUUUGCUUAAAUGGAAAAUGCCGUCAAUGUCAAGAUGGAGUAUGCAUUCGAAGAAUCAUUCAUCUCGACGUUGGUCCGUUCAUAGAAGAGCAGGUAAACGUGGUGAUUAUGGUUAUGGUGAUGGUGGUGGUUUUGGUGGUGGCGGUGGUUAUGGUGGUGGAGGUGGUUAUGGUGGUUAUGGUGGUGGAGGUGGUUAUGGUGGUGGAGGUGGUUAUGGUGGGGGAGGUGGUGGUGGCUUUCCAUCUCCGCCUCCAGCGCCUUCGCCAAAACCUCCAGCACCUUCACCAAAACCUUCAGCACAACCAAUCCCCACACCAACCCCAACCCCAACACAGCCAACAGGUGGAAAGCCGCAGCCAGAAACAGGAGGAGCUGAUAAACCACAACCAACACCUAAAAGUGGGAAUAAUAAUAAUCCACCUCCAAAGGACGCAACAGGUUCUAAACCAGAUGGAAAUCCCGACAAGUCUGGGUCAUCUUCAUCCACUAAUAACAAUAAUGGCGUUUCACCUAAUACUAUAAACAAUAAUGGCGACAGUAAUGCAAACGGUAAUAAUACUUCUAGCUCAUCAGUCGGCGUGUCGCCUGGGGGAUCAUCCAGCAUUAACAGUCCUCCUAAUCCCGGUGGCGGGUCUCCUCCGAUCGAUGGGGGAGCAACUGAACCAAAAACCAGCAACUCUUCUGCUAUAAUACUGGCAUUCGUAGUCACACUGAUUUCGUUAGGAUUGAUAGGAUUAUUCGUUUACAAAAAAAGACGUCGUCGACGGGGGCAUGCUGAAAACCGCAACGAAAAGAGAAAAUCAGACUCCAGUACAAUAAACUUAUUCUCACCAGCGUUUAAUCUCGGCUCAGCGCCAGCUACACUCGAAAAGGUAUCCGCAGAUAAAGACACUCCUCCUACUGAAGAAGUUCGCCCAUCAUCUCCGCCCGGCUCUUUCGAGCGAUAUUCCGUUGAUUCUCAAACCAAUGAAAUAGCGUUUCCUAUACCUCCAACCAGAGAUGUCGAUAAUGGCAAGGGAUUAUCAUAUUCGUCGAUAGAUGACGAACACUACAUGUAG